GGUGGCUGCUGAACCGCAGUGGGGAGAGACGCUCCGAGGCAAGCGGCGGCGGUCCAGGCCCGGCCCCUGCUCCCUCCCGCCCCGGCCCCGGCUCACCGGCCCCUCCUCGCCCCUCGCAGCCCCAGCGGCGAGCCCGCAGCAGGCGCCCCUCCCGACGCAGCAGCGGCAGCAUGUCUGUGGUCGGCAUCGACCUCGGCUUCCUCAACUGCUACAUCGCCGUGGCGCGGAGCGGCGGCAUCGAGACCAUCGCCAACGAGUACAGCGACCGCUGCACCCCGGCAUGUAUAUCUUUAGGAGCCAAAACUCGAGCCAUUGGGAAUGCAGCCAAAAGCCAGAUUGUUACAAAUGUAAGAAAUACAUUACAUGGCUUCAAAAAACUUCAUGGACGGUCUUUUGAUGAUCCCAUUGUGCAAACUGAAAGGGUCAAGCUUCCCUAUGAGCUUCAGAAAAUGCCAAAUGGAAGUACAGGAGUUAAGGUACGAUACCUAGAAGAAGAUAGGCCUUUUGCAAUUGAGCAGGUCACUGGAAUGCUAUUGGCCAAGCUUAAGGAGACUUCAGAAAAUGCUUUGAAGAAGCCUGUGGCAGAUUGUGUGAUUUCAAUUCCUAGUUUCUUCACUGAUGCUGAGAGAAGGUCCGUGAUGGCAGCUGCCCAAGUUGCUGGCUUAAAUUGUUUAAGGCUGAUGAAUGAGACCACUGCAGUUGCACUAGCUUAUGGGAUUUAUAAGCAAGAUCUUCCACCUCUAGAGGAAAAACCAAGAAAUGUAGUAUUUAUCGAUAUGGGGCAUUCUGCCUACCAAGUCUCAGUUUGUGCUUUUAACAAGGGAAAACUUAAGGUCUUGGCUACUACCUUUGAUCCGUAUCUUGGUGGCAGGAACUUUGAUGAUGCUUUAGUAGAUUACUUCUGUGAUGAGUUCAAGGCCAAGUACAAACUGAAUGUGAAAGAGAAUUCUCGAGCCCUGUUGCGCUUAUACCAAGAAUGUGAAAAGCUAAAGAAACUGAUGAGUGCAAAUGCGUCUGAUCUGCCAUUGAACAUCGAGUGUUUCAUGAAUGACCUUGAUGUGUCUAGUAAAAUGAACAGGGGUCAAUUUGAACAGCUCUGUGUUUCUCUCUUGGCCAGAGUGGAACCACCUUUAAAAGCUGUAAUGGAACAAGCAAACUUGAGCCGUGAUGACAUAAAUAGUAUAGAGAUUGUGGGAGGGGCGACCCGCAUCCCUGCAGUGAAGGAGCAGAUCACCAAGUUCUUCCUUAAAGACAUCAGCACCACAUUAAAUGCUGACGAAGCUGUUGCAAGGGGGUGUGCAUUGCAGUGUGCCAUUCUUUCGCCGGCCUUUAAAGUUCGUGAAUUUUCCAUCACAGAUGUUGUUCCCUAUUCGAUAACAUUAAGGUGGAAGUCAUCUUUUGAGGAUGGAACUGGGGAAUGUGAAGUGUUCUGCAAGAAUCAUCCUGCUCCAUUCUCAAAAGUCAUUACCUUUCACAAGAAGGAACCAUUUGAAUUAGAAGCAUAUUAUACCCAUCCACAUGAAGUGCCUUAUCCUGAUCCCCGAAUUGGGAACUUCACUAUUCAGAAUGUUUUUCCCCAGUCUGAUGGUGACAGUUCCAAAGUGAAGGUUAAAGUACGUGUUAAUAUCCAUGGUAUCUUCAGUGUGGCUAGUGCAUCGGUAAUUGAGAAGCAAAGUUUGGAAGGGGACCACAGUGAUAUACCUAUGGAAACAGAGUCAUCAUUUAAGAAUGAAGGCAAAGAUGAGAUGGAAAAAAUGCAGGUUGACCAAGAAGAAGGCCAUCAGAAAGGCCAUGCUGAGCACAGUCCAGAAGAGGAAAUUGAUCACACGGGCGCCAAGACAAAGCCAGCUCCUUCAGACAAGCAAGAGCGAGCAAACCAGAACAUUAAAAAAGGAAAAGUCAAGAGUAUUGAUUUGCCCAUCCAGAGUAGCCUGCACAGACAGCUGGGCCAGGAUCUCAUCAACAGUUACAUAGAAAAUGAGGGAAAGAUGAUCAUGCAGGACAAAUUAGAGAAAGAAAGAAAUGAUGCCAAGAAUGCUGUUGAGGAGUAUGUGUAUGAUUUCAGAGACAAACUGUGCAAUGUCUAUGAAAAAUUCGUCACUGCAGAAGAUUCAAGUAAACUGUCUUCAAUGUUAGAAGAUACUGAAAAUUGGCUUUAUGAAGAUGGACAAGAUCAGCCAAAACAAAUUUAUGUGGACAAACUUCAUGAAUUAAAGAAAUUUGGCCAACCUAUUCAAACUAGGUACAUAGAACAUGAAGAGAGACCAAAAGCUUUAAAUGACUUGGGGAAGAAGAUCCAGCUGCUUAUGAAAGUGGUAGAAGCAUUUAAGAAUAAGGAUGAAAAAUAUGAUCACUUAGAAGCUGCUGACAUGGAAAAGGUGGAAAAAUUUAUCAAUGAAGCCAUGAAUUGGUUGAAUAGUAAGAUGAAUGCACAGAACAAAUUAAGCCUCACUCAAGACCCUGUGGUGAAAGUAGCAGAUAUAGUUGCAAAAGCCAAGGAGCUGGAGAAUUUUUGUAACCCCAUCAUUUACAAGGCCAAACCCAAAGUGGAGGUUUCUGAAGACCAAGCGAAAGCAAACGGUGAACACAAUGGACCGAUGAAUGGACAGAGUGGAACUGAAAGUAAGCCUGAUGCCACCAAGGAAAGCUCCGCGCAUGCUAAACCUUCUACUACAGAGAUGGAAGUGGACUAAGGCUCCAGGGUCUCCAUCACGUACUCAGUGCAAGUAACCGCAGGGCCCAUUCUUCUUUGCAUCUGGGACACACAACAGAUGUUCCAUUGUUCUUAGCCAUUUUUGUCAUUUGUUCUUUGCAGUAGUUUUGAAAAGUGUUUUAUAUCGAGUGCACCUCUGAUGUUCAUUUCCAAUGAUUAAUGCUGCUUAGGUGAAGCUUUAGCUGAAUAGAUUGUAUAAGUCAGUUUAAGCUUUCCUGAUGUAUCUUAUAUCAAACUUGCAGAAUUGAUAGAAAGAUGGCAACAAUCUACCUUAUUUAAAGCUUCUUUUGUGGAAACCUCAGCUCCUUUAUUCAGAAAAGGAUACUGUAUUGCACUACUGAUGCGGAAGUGUAGAUUUAAUUGCAUCGUUAUUUUUGAAAAACAAAUUGGAAUUGAAGUGGUUUAAAGCCAUUGAAGCACUGACCUUUUUCUAGUUGUUGUAUUGUUAUAAUUUAAAUAUUAAAACAAAUAAGAGGUUAGCUGACAAAUUAGUCCAUCUCAUUGAUGUACUGUGAGAAAUUCAAGGUUUUCUUGUCAUUGUCACACAAAUGAACAAAAACAUGAAUUUCAUAAAGAAAAGACAAUUUUGAGUUGUGGUGACACCAGCAAUAUAUUUCCUUUACCAAAAACACGGCUUUGAUUUCUUGCUCGCCAUUUUACCUUUACUUUGCUAGAGAUGACCUGCUUUGGCUGAAGACAAGCUUGCCUGCUAUGGCUGCUGAUGCCACUAAAAUGUUAGCUUAAUGACUUAGGGGAUUUUUUCAGAGAAAAUAACUAUCUAGCUAGCUUAGAGAAAAAAGCAUUGCUCACUUUAGUCGGGCUUGCCACCUCUGGUCUUGGCAACUUUCUUUAGACUUAAAUGGUACUUAGGUGUUUAAAGAUGUCCAGCGAGCGAGAAGCAGCACAACACUUGGCUCUACCAGUCUCCCACCACUCAUUAACAGUACAGUUCACGUUGUCACACUUUGGAGCACAAGGGAGCCCCUCUGCUAGUCUCUGGACAGUCUUGUGGUACCUGGUGUCGUAUAGACUGUUAUUGCAUAAUACAAACUAGCAAAAUUAAGCUUUUCUUUAUAAUUUCUGCAAUUAUGUGAUCCAUUCAAAACUGGGCCCUCCAAUCUGAUGCUUCUGAUUCAAAUUAAUUGUGAAGGGGGCUCUAAGUUACCCAUACAGUCUUUUUAUGAACACAUCUGUGCUUUUUAACCAUCUGACUUACCCCUAGUGGCCCAGUACUGUCCCAAAACCUAAGCCACCAAAUUGACUAUGAACACACGUUGAAAUGAUUUAAACACCAUAGGAAAAGCAUAGAAAAAAAUCUUCAGCUGUUUGAGGUAACUGUAGAUAUCACAUUAGGGUGAUAGGAUCUAGUUAGUGCUAGGUAGAUAUGCCUAUGUUUAAAAUUUGAUGUUUUUUUCUAUACCUAUGCAAAUCAAAAGUUCUGAGCACAGUGUCUUCAGAGAUUAUUCAGUGUUUCUCAAAAUGAGUUCUCAUUAGAAUAGGGAUGUUUUAUUGUGACAGUGUAGUCUGGGCUAAAAGAAGUGUUGUGUCGCCAUGGUAUUUUAUGUGGGGAUUUAAUGUCCACACAACCUGAGGUGUUGACAUCUCAAAAUACCUUCCAUUUUUCAUACUGUCUCUCGUUUUAAUCCUGUUAAUGGGAUUUAAAUAUAACUACUAUAGAAUUAUAAUUGAAACAGUUAUGAUCACUUGUUCUUUCCAUUUGUUUGUUUUGGCUUGAACUCAAGGAUGGUGUAAGGUAGUGCCUGAGGACACUGACCACGGGGCAGGGCAUGGAGAAUUUAGUCCUCAAAAGAGAAUCUAAUAAGUAGGAGCGUGGAGCUAAACCUGGGGACCAGACAGCUACUCUUGGGCUUACAGUGUAUCGUAUGUCCAUAUCUUAUAUGUGUGAGUACACAAACACACACGUAGAAAACAUUUGUAUAUCUAUAUCCACACGUAUCCUUAAACAUAUGUGAAGGGCUUUAUACAGAAUAAUUCUGGAUGUCUGAGUAGAGAGAAGAGAGGUCACUCUUAGUAGUUAAGGAUGUACUGAGUUAGACAUAAGAUCUUUUAUCCUAGCUUCUUUCUGGAGGGUGAUGGAGCAGUACACCACCAGUCACUGGUACUUUUGUUUUUUGCCCAAAAGUAUAUUAUAUAGGCCCUUUUCCUAUAAUUUUAUUGGCACUUCUAGACUACUUAGCGAGAUGUUUUUGGAAUUUCUUUCUUAAUAAAUUAUUCAUAAUAUAGAGAUAUUUAUAACACAUAGUGAAAUAGGUCCAUAUGUAGUAUUUAAGACAUAAUCCAAUGUGCUUUUUAAAUUUCUGUACUCUGCUAGAGAAUACUGUCAGAAUAAAAAUGAAUCUACUAUUUAAAAAAUAUAAAUUGUUCAGUCAAAAAAAUGCAUUGCAAGAUUGUCAACCAAAUUAAAACUUUAAAAGCAGUCAGCCUAGGAAAUCUAAAAACUAGAAUUAAUGAGAACUUAUUUGGGUUAUUUUGGCUUUAAAAACCCCAAUUGACAGCUGGUUCCCUAGUGGUUAUUAGGAAGUCGGGUGGGGGGUGGGGGGGAAUGCAGCCAAAAUGGGGCAGGAAAAGAGGAGAGAAAAGACCCGAAAUGACUGAGUCUAUGAAGUGUAGACUGCAUUUUGAGAACACCCCCAAAAUUGGUGCCGUGGAGAAAUGGGCAGUCUGAGUAAGACAGCCAGUUUGAAAAAAGGAAGGGGGAGGGUAAUGAUUUUCCUUUUGUUUGUUUAAAGGAAACUUAAGGGCAAAGCAAUACAUUGUGGGUUUUUUCCCCUCCACAAAACAGUAUUCUGUAUUAAAAUUCUUAACUUUUAUGGCCUUUGAGAUGAUCCCUAGAAGCUUUGUUAAUUUUCCAUAAAGGAAUAAAAAUGUGCCGGCAUUCUAGGUUAAUUAAUUUUAAUAUAAAUGAUUAAAAGGAAUAUUCCCUGGGGCAAGGCAAUGUUUAACUUAUGAGGGAUCAAAACCUCUAGGGGAGGAAAAAUGUUUUUUUAUUAGAAAACCCUAGAGACCCAGUUCUUAGUACUAUAAAAAACGGAAGCAUUAAAGCAACUCAAGAUAGCUUUAUUUAAAGACAGUAAGAUAGUGCAUAAACUGUUAUUUUUGUUUAGCUCUCUUUAGACAUGGCCACUGCUAUUUUUAAGUGUGCUUUUCCCAAUCCAUUUAAAUUAUUUUAAAGGCCUACAUCCUUUGCAUCCUAUUAGAAUUGGUUCUGAGCUUAUCUUAUAUAUAGUUAGUAUUAGUAGUUGACAAAUACUUUUAUAUUUUUUAUGAUAAACUUUAACAUGUUUAUACAUAUUUCCUUGCAUGUAAGGAAUAAAUCCUUACAUAAAACCCAUAACAUUUCAUAAAGUAUAACCAAAUUAAUAUUAAUAGACAGGAAACAAAUGAAUUUGUUUUAUCUCCAUUCCACAUCAGACAGUGGCUUUUUUUGCUUUUUCUUGUUUCGUUUUUGUUUUGUAUAUUUGGAAUUAUUUGUGUAGACACAUCCAUUCAUGUAGUUAAGUCAGGGUAUAUACAGUUAGGAUUCUUCUGAGUCUACAAAUAUGAAAUCCAUUAUGUUAUAUAGUGGUAGAAUAGAUUUUGAACAUUUUAUGAAAUUAAUAGGACAAGGGAUAAACUCGUAUUUUUUAGCAGAAACAAUAUGCUCAUACUUUAUGUUUGACAUUUGUAGUGUUUUAAAAUUCAGUGUUUAUGAAAUUUGGUUCUGUGGCAGUUAACUAGAUACUAGAUGCAUAGGUGUUAGGCUUUUAAGCCCUUAUACUUCUUAAUCAUUGGACUUUCUGGUAUGUUUUUGUUUCUUAGCUUUGGGUGAGUUGAUACACUUUAAAUCAGUGAUCACUUUUUAAAGUGAUUUUUUAAACCUUUAAAAGAAUUUCAGUUCUAAUGCAUUUUGCCUUCUCAGAUUACGUUUUGGUUUUGUUAUAAUUAUAACAUAGAAAAUUGCUUAAAACAAAUGGUAAACUUCAGAAGUUAAAGUAUUUUCUGGCCAACAACUGGCUUGAGGAUUCAUUCUGCAACCACUAUAGUUAUGCCUAGUCCAAUCUAUAGAAUAAUAACCAGAACAGUAAUAAAUUUCUAAGAAAACUUUUCAUAGAAAAAGUAGCUCAGUAAAAUAAAUGGAGAUACUGACUUUUUUCCCCCUGCCCCAAAUCAACAAGUCUCAAAGAGCUGCCUUAGAACUAUUUCACUAUAAGUUUUCACUUAAAAUAUUCACCUAAAGCUUUUCUUUGUAUACUUAGAAUGAAAUAAAUUUUCCUACCUUUGAAACUCUGGUUUAACAAUAACCAUUUAUUAUUAACAAUAAUCAUUUCAGUCUUUCUGAAAUGACUUCUUGCUGGCUUCUGUGGUAAUUCCUUCAAAUUAUGGGCCCAUCUGAAGACUUGUGGGAAAAGCUUGCAAUAGGCAACUUUAUGAAGUAUGUGGGGAGGGGGGAAUGUUUUACCAUCAGUAUGCAAGGGAUGUGUGGAUUAGUUAUGGUAAUUUGUAGACAUCUGACAAGUCUACAUAUAAAUAGGAUUUCCAGGGGGUUACCAGAGUUUGAAAGAAGGAUUUUGACGAAUUUUUAUGAAAAAUCCAAGGAGUAAAAAAGGUGAAGUUGUCAGUCAGCCUUUUGGGUCUUAUUGACUUUGAUUCUUUCAACUUUACUAUUAUAUCAACAAAUCAAAUGGGCAGUCAAGGAAAAAAGAGACUAUUUGUACAGUUUCCUUUCCUCCUAUCCUUUGACAAGCCACUUGUUCUUCAAAUAGAUCUCAUUACACCUGACCCAUAACAGUUUUGUGGAUUCUUAAAUGCAGUUGUGCUCUUUAGAAAUGGAAAUACUAUCUUAUUCUUUUGCUAUAAAUAGCUUUUUUAGCCUUUCCAGACUCCAGGAUUUUAUUUGUUAGAAAUGGUUUUCAUUUUUUAAAAAAGAAUUUUGCUUGCAUUUUUUUUUUUAACUUUCUCUUUUUUGUUUUAUUCUCUUGAGUUUCCUUUUCGUUGGACACUAGAUAAUGCACUAAUAUCCAGUUACUCUUCAUGAAUAAUUUACUUUUAGUUUCACUUUUUUAAACUCCUUUUCUAUUCAUCCUUUUCUUCAGGUUUCUGCUCUUGCUUUUUUGCUCAUAUUUUCCUUUAUAAAAAUAAUCUUUGUGUCCCAGUGUAUAAUAUUUCUAAAAGGUACUAAGUAAGAUAAGUAACAGAAAUAUAGGGUUUUUUUUCUUUUACAGUCGAAUCUUUAAAUACUUUAAAGGUGUUCUGAACUAAGAGGAAUAAAAUUUCUAUAUCCAUUAUAUGAAAGAACCAACAUUCCAGGUUUUUUUUUUUUAAUUUAAAAAAGUAGAAAUGUAAAAAGAAAAAGUAAAAAUGUAUUAGUCAAAACUCAAGUAGUCACUUAAAUAUUAGUCUGCAUUUCUUCUCCACAGCUCUUAGUCAUAGGUGUGGUAAAUCCUGAUUGUUUCUUUCCCUUGUUACUAGGAAACUGCAUUUUUUAAAACUUGUUUUUUCUUUUGAAAGGGCUCAUUAGCUAAAUUUUUCCCUAAAUUAUAUUCAAGAGGUGUUUAAAACCUAGAAUAGAGAAGGCAGAAAUUAAAAAUAGAGAUGGGUAUAAAUGAACUUGGAAAAAAUUUUCCAAAUGACAUUCAUUAUUUUUCUUUUAUGACCAACCACAAGAAAAAAUAAAAAUAAAAAAUAAGCAUCACAAGUUACUCAUUGGGGGGGGGGGGGUAUUUACAUUGUUAACUGCAAUUACAAUUGUCCUGUGCUUCUUAGCAGCUUAAUUUCGACUCACUUCUUGUUUUUUCCCCGUGGAAAAGGAAGACAUCAGUGUUGCUCUUGGCUCUUUUUGGCAUAUGAGUCAUCCAGCAAUCUAAGAGGGUAAAUAUGGGAAGCAUUUUGAUAUGCCUCGCCUGAAUUUUGUACGAAGUAAGAAGACAUCUCAUUUGAAAGCACUUGAAUGAGAAUGCUUUUGUGAUCAUGGCAACUUGGUCAAGCUCCUGAGGUGGUGCUAUGUGUUUGGCAGAGAUUUGUUGGAGGGCCUGUGUUAAGAACCUUCCCACGGAAAACUGUGAUCAAACUUGAAUAGCCUGAUGUAUCACUGUGUCUGUAACUCAUGGGAGUGAGAACGCACACACUGUCAAGAAUUCGUCUAAUUAAUUAUAAUGUAGAAUAACCAGUAUGUGGUCCAUUAAUUUUGCCUACUUGACAUGUCAUUUUUAUGCAGUUAACCUUACUAUGAACGGUACACACUCUCAUUUCUGGCAGAUACUGGAAAACAGGUUUGUUUGGAAGAGUUUGAUAAAUGCACCCCAUUCGAUAUGAGGCUAUUUAUUUAAUAUUUUGUCAAUAAAUAUCCUGGCAAAAUAAAACUUGAGACUGCAGUGUUUCUAAAAACUAAGAGGAUAAAUAUAUAAAUGAAUCCUUAUGCAUUUGGUAGUUUCCUAAUGGGAUAGCAAACUAUUAAACCUUGAUGUGCAUAGUAAAUGUUAUACUCUAUCUGCCCAGUCUUGUUUCCUGUCCAUUCUUAGAGUAUUCAUGAUGCAUUUGUGAAUUUUACUUGUUUUUGUUUGUUUGUAAACUGUAGGAUUAUGGCUGUACUUCAGGAUCGAUUAUCAUAAUCAUAAGCCAAUGAAUUUUGAAAUUUCUAAUAGUGUUUUUAGGUGUUUUCCUUUCUACAUUGAAAACAUUCUUUGGGAUUGAGAUAGAGGGAACUCAAGGACGUGCAGAGGUGCUCUCAAUGUUAUAUCUCAACCUUGCUGCUGCUAUUUAUAAUAUUUAAAAAAUAUUUCUCCAUAUUGGUAUUACCAUCAUCUUGUUAACAAACUGCUGUGCUUACAAUAAAUUGUUUAAAUUAGCGAGGAUACAACAA